AUGGUCAAAGCCUUGAAAGUCCAUGCCCAUUUGAGGAGGAAAAAGUCUGGGCCAUGCAGGAGAUCAAGAAGGAUCUUGCUCAUAAAAGCGCAUGGGGUUGGGAUCUCCAUUCUGAGAUUGCGAAUCUGUGCCCCUGUCAUCCUUCGAAAAAUGACAUCCUUCCCCAAGUUGCUUGGUCCUGAAAGUCCCCAGAUGGGAACUCAGUUUCUCUCUUCUGUCAGCAUCUGCUUUUCAGAUGAUUCAAUUCACCAAGCGAUCCAUGACAAGAAGAGACCCAAGAAAUCGGAAAUUCAAGCGUCCUUUGGGUUUGCCGUUCCUACUGGUAAGCCCUAUUCGGUCUAUGGUCGGGGUCGCAAGGAAUCAGUGACAGCAGAGACCAUUUCUGCUGAUGCUAUCCGUUUUAAUGCACCUCAGAUGCUCUCUACAGACAAGUUGCGGCUCUUGAACUCGUCUCGCGUCGGAGCAGUCCUUGGAGUAUUUUUUACUCCGAAUUCUCCUCCGGUUAUUGGAUUUGGCGCUAGUCCUGUUAGUACUACUUUCAAUGGGCAAGAUGCUGUCCAUCGCGGGGCCCCAAAGUGGUCUGAUUGCUUUGAUCCCACUUUGAUCCAGCAAUACUGGCAGGGAGAUAUGAGUGUCCCUACUCAUAGUCUGGUGGUUUCCCUCAGUGGGCGAACAAGGUUGAAAAUGCCAGCGUCGCAGCAGGAUUUUGUUCAAGCAACAAAGCCUGCAAUGCUGGUUGGGGACUUUUCCAAGAUCCUUCUGAUUCCUGAUGGAUGCGGUGCCCCGGUGGGCCUUUAUUGGCCAACUUCUAUUUCUUUCGAGGACUUCAAAAAUUCUUUGAGUGGACAUGGUACUCCUUAUGGGAGUUUCUUGGAUUUAUUACGGAGUCAGUCUUCUAUUUUUGAAGAAUGGUUUACGGCAGUGAAUUCAAGUGCUGGGUCCUAUCAAUUGCAAACUACUUCUGCGAUGGAUCUGUGGGCGACUCUGCCUUGUCCUUCCAACCUUCACGGGAAUGGUCUAUUGAACGUUGCUGCCGCCCAACCCCUACGAGAGCAAUUUGCUCGCUACGUAAUGGGGAUGGCUCUGGAUUGUGCUCUCUUUGGCCCCUGUGAUGUGGACAAUCAACAGGUUAUCAGGCAACGCUGUCAAGUUGGUGCAUGGUUGGAACGUGCUCGGCAAUGCUACCCGCCAGCACUGGGGUAUCAUGGUCCGCCGGAUCACUUCGCGUACCUAUCUGUUCUUUGUCCUCCGGAGGAUGGGUGGUCUUGGCUGGAAUUUUCUACUUGGCUUUCUUAUUUGCCUUUUGACGCGCUACCUGAUAGGUAUCAGCGAUUUGAACCAAAACAAAUCCCUGUGAAAGCUCGAGCAGUCUUUGUUCCAGCCAUUCUUGUGGAAAAAGAGGACCCUGAUAGCGAUUUGGAUGCUUGCGCAAAUGUGUUUGCCACGACUGCAACUACAGAUACGGCUACACCUAACAUUGCUACAGUCCCAGCUCCAGCUCCAAAUGUUGCUACUCCAAGUCCACCAAAAGAAGCUCCACUUCCAACGGUGCGGCAAUCGGCCUCCCCACCUUCCGUUCCACAAGACGUCCUCAAUGCCAUGCAAAAAGUGAGGGCUUUCCAAGAACAAAUUGUUCAUGGUACAUCUGCGAGCACACCUGCUAAUCCAGUUGACUUGGUCCCUGGUGAUGUGGAGGAGUAUGACAUUUGCCCGAAUGACUUGACAACUAAAUUUGCUUCUUCGGCAAAUGAUUCUUCUACUGCAGCAGUCAUGCAAGCUGGCAAUAUUGCUGAUCGUCGUCGCUCUAGUUUGGCACAAGGAAGAUUUGGGGCUGGUCCACGUACGGGUUUGCUGGGCCUUGCUCCGAUGCAGAACAACAUGUUCAACCCGCAGACACUGGCGGCAGCGCUUGGAGUACGACAGUCUUGUUUUGUUCCAGUUGAUAAAGCGUCUCUUGCAAGUGUGCAGGCACGUCGGACUUGCAGCCCUUAUUUCCUAAAUGUUGCUCUGGUUCUUGCAAGUUUCUUUCCCCAAGAGGAGCAACCCUAUCUGUGUCUGUCUGAUGACCGUGUGGUGGCUGCGACUGAUUGGAUGAAAGUGCCGGAACCAACGCAACUCGCCCGUGAUCUCAUUGCGCUAUGGGACCAUGGCCACAAGGAGGCAACGUCGGGUGUCACACGAACAUUGCAUUAUGCACUUCGUUUUUGUGCGGAUAUUGCUACAGAUUUUCAACAGAUCCCAGCUGAAUUUGACCUGCUAAAUUUUGCAAUGCAUAAAUCGAUCUAUGAUGUGGUGUUGGGAUAUGAUAAAGCAAAAUGUGCUCUAUCAUGA